UCUAAUCUACAUGUCUUUGAACUGCGGGGGAAACUGGAACACCCGGAGGAAAACCCAUGCAGAAAAUUCCACACAGAAAGGCCCUCGUUGGCCAUGAGGUUCAAACGCGGAACCUUCUUGCUGUGAGGCAACCGUGCUAACCACUGCACCACCAUGCCACCCUAUUUUUCUCCAAGAGUAUUGGACAAGAAUGCUUGGCAUGAACAAAGGUGAUUUCUGAGGACCUCAGAAAAAGUGUUGUUGAUACUCAUCAGGCCUGAAAAGUCUACAACACCAUCAAAGACUUGAUACGAAAUGUGAACAACGUAUUCGGGUAUUCGGGUAUUGUUUUGGCCGACUGUUUAAUAGAGCAAUCGAAUCGAAUUGAUGACUAUUUUGUACACAAAAUUUAGUCAGUGCAUUAUUUUUACAGCAUUUUUUUUCUCUCAAGCCAGACACAAUGAUAAAGGAACAAUGAUCAUAAUGAAGCGAUGAUCAAACAAGCUUUUAAGCCAAGCCGAUCCUGACAAGAGCAUUUACAGAAAUCAAGGAUGAUACGACUGAAAAAGUGGUUUUGGUCAAAUAGAAGUACAACCCUCUAGUGGUAAAAAAUGUGUGUAUCAGAGACACAAAGAGUCCUUCAGAAGCACUGAAGGUCAAGUGGAUGUUGCUGCACUGAUAACCUUAUUUUCUCUCAUUUUCAGUCCAGGUAAUUAGCGUGUUUUAACCACGUCGUUAGAUCCGAUUAGCUACCCAUUAUACGCAAGUGUUCAGAGUUACACAUGCAUAAAAUACAAAAAGACAUCUCAUGCAUUGAAGUGAUGGUUACUUAUGGCUGUUAGUUACAUUAUGCACCUGUAUUUGUUGCUAGGAGGUGUUCAUUUACGUUACACCUUAAACACUACGUUGACCAUGGACAAUAGAUUAAUUUUAUUAUUCAUUGUGCCAAGACACAUGGUCAUAUUGCACGAAUGACGAACAGAUUUAAAGAGUUACCUUGUCACUGAAAUAUCCAUUGAAGGUGUCACAUUAGCUGGACUGCAUUAUUGAUCAUCGUUCAUCUCAAGUGGCUCUCACACACCUCUUCAUAAGAACCGCUUACAUAUUUGCACACGCAGCUGUGACUAAAAAAAGCUCACGGCCUGGCAGCCUCGUACUUGGCUGUAGGGUGUUGCUAUGGACAGUUACCAUGACGAUGCAUCAGGAACUGGAUGGGUUGGAAGAGUAGGAGAAAGUCGAAGUGUGUGUUUGUGUGAUGUGACGUACUGGUUUUCUUUUAUCUUUGAUCUACACUCACUUAGCAGAAAGUGACCUGCUUCUCAAACCCACCAGGAGAAGAGAAACAAGGCAGGAAUGUUCCAGAGGUUGGUAGUGAGUGAGGCCUGUAAUCCCAGAUUACUGUCUCCUCCUCAUCUAUGGGAUUAGUGAAGGCACCAGGGUGUAAAAACACACAUUCCCUUCCCUCUACAUCGACAUUUACGUCGCUCUUCACUUUCUUUUCAAAUUUAAUAGGAAUUAAUUAAUAUAUAUUAAAGAGUUUUUUUUUCUUCAUCACGUCCCAAAAGACACAAAAGUGUCCUUUGAUAUUUUUGGAAUAUUUACAAUUUGGAGUUAUGGCUUUGCUGAAAUCGGGCUGGCUCUGGCGGCAGUGUGAGUAACCGGUUCAUUCUUCAAAUAACAAUACAGAGUGUUUUUAUUUUAUUUUAUUUUAUGCACAAGACACCAAAAUAGGGACUGUAAGCAUUUAAAUUAAUUCUUGAGAUGAAUGACUUGGAUGUGCACAAAGAUUACAGAAACAACUGGGUGUUUAAUCAUCUCCUGCAAAGUGUUGCCAUAUGGCAACAAUUAAUUUAUCUCAUUUUUCUAAGAGGCAGUACCAUAAAACCUAUGGUUUAGUAUUUAUUUGUCAAAAAAGAGGUCCUUUCUUUUGCUAUAUGAAACAUAACUGGCAGGUUACAUGACCAGGAAAUCCUGGUAGCACUUCCCUUUUCAGCAGAUGCUUGACGCCGUCAAAGUCAUCAUUUGACAAGGCCUGUAAAAUUUAGAAGUAUUGUUCAGUAUUUCAACAAAAGUUCAUCAAGAAAAAAAAAUUAAAACACUACCUAUGCAUCCAUCCUCAGGCGCUGGAAGCUGAACUGGUGUGACCUGUGGAUAGACGGAAGCCUGAUGUUUUAUAAAACAGACUCAAGGAAGGACUACGAGACGAGAGUGAGUCUGAAGAGUACAUGCGUAAACGUGAAGGCCGGCCUGGAGUGUGCAGAUGAGACUUGGUCCAUGCCUAGAGUUUUACCAGAUUUUGUUCCAGGCGUGUCUCCACCGGAGAGCCACCCACGGGAGAAUCUGUUGGUGUUGUACCUGAAGGACGGCUCCACCAUGUCCCUGUGUGCUGACAGUGAGGAUGAGGCUCUGGCUUGGAAGCUGACAAUCAUGGAAGCAAAGCAAAGCCCUUUCUACAGUUAUGAUCCCUAUAAUGAUACGUACCAGUCUGUUCCUGUUAACGGACACAACGCUGUGUACAUCGCACCAGGCAAUGGCAGCGGAGGUACGCACCAUGUCUGGGUGCACAGGGAGCGCUGCAAUGACUGGAUUGGAGAGCAGAUAGCACUGGGUUUGCUGGCUGGCAUGGCAGCGGGCACUGUGCUGCGCUCCUUCCUCUGGAUGCCCUUGUGGUACUGCUGAUCCAAGUACACUUUCUGGCUUCCUUCGAGACGAUCCGAUGCUUAAGCCAGUUACUGAGAGGCAGUAGAGAAAGACCUGGCUCUUACAGAUUGCUUCUGUAGGCUUCAAUCAGCUGGUCAAAUGUGGACUGCAUGCACAAACAUACAACCGACAACAUACAUAGGAUAAACUGCAGCAGAGGGUUUGAAUCUCACUGAGGUCCACAUUGUAUAGAAGACCAAAGUAUGGUGUAUAUUUUCACUGUAUAAAGUGGUGCUUGAAAGUUUGUGAACCCUUUAGAAUUUUCUA